AUGCUCACCCUGCUGGGGGUUGUGGCGGCGGUUGGUGCACAGAGCGGACCGAUGAUUCCGAAUCACCCCAAUUGUACGGCUCCUAACCGACCGUACCCGGUGUACUUUGUGCAUCCGACAAACUGUAGCAAGUUCUACGAAUGUCGGCAGCAGGAUGCGUACGAGUUCGAUUGUCCGGCUGGGUUGCACUUCAACAGCAAGAUCGAUGUUUGUGACUACCCGGAGAAUGCUCAGUGCGCCCCUGUAGCGACACCUUCACCGGUGCCGCCGACCAUAACGGGCCCUCCAACAGAGCCGCCAACAUCUACGCCGACCACAGAAGGUCCAUCUACGGAUCCUUCUACGAACCCACCGGACUCAACUUCGACCUCCGCAGAACCUUCAACGGCAGUGACAGAAGCACCAUCACCUUCUCCUACAACAGAACAACCUACGACAGCCGCUUCUACGGAGCACCCAUCAUCGACAACUGAAGAACUUCCUGUGACGGACCCGCCAACAUCAAAUCCAACUCCAGAAGCAACAGCGACCCCGGAUAAACCUUCGACACCAGAAGGUCCUUCGACGGAUCCUUCUACGAACCCACCGACCUCAACUUCGACCUCCGCAGAACCUCCGAUAGUGACCGAAUCGCCCUCUCCGACAACAGAACAACCUACGACAGCCGCUUCUACGGAGCACCCAUCAUCGACAACUGAAGAACUUCCUGUGACGGACCCGCCAACAUCAAAUCCAACUCCAGAAGCAACAGCGACCCCGGAUAAACCGUCGACAGAGUUUCCUGCAGUAACCACACCAAGGCCUCCCGUAGACCCACACUGUCCACAGUUUGGCGCAGAAAAACCAACCUACUGGGCAGACCCGAUGGAUUGCACCAAGUAUUUGGGAUGCUCUGAGGGUUGCGUACAGCAGUUCAAGUGCCCCACGAAUCUGUACUGGAAUGACAGGCAGAAGCGCUGUGAUUACCACUGGAACAGCCAGUGCACUUGUCCCGUGAUUCCUCCAGCACCCAGCGUACUUUCUAGUAGCAUAGCCGGGGACAGCGGUACCGUGCCACCGUUACUUAGGAAGUGGAACGUUAAUAGUUAGUCAUCAAAGCCAAACUAUAAUAAGUACUCCAUGUAAAAAGAGGACAAUACCGGGUAGCCAGCAUCGGAAGCUUGCUUCGAUCUGAUCAGCAAGUCGAAUCGGUAGAAUAAAACUACGUUAUAUUUUUU